AUGGUGAGAACACAAUGGUCACCUCUCAGAGCAGCUGCUCUGCAAAUACUCUCCUUUAGCUUUGUGAACCAGGUACUUGCUCAAUCCUGUGCUGCAAACUAUCCCCCCUCGGUCCCCGUCGCAAGUGACACUGCAACACUUGGGCCGGUGCCGGCUCCAGACCUCGAUACUUCUGACCCGGUUCAUAUAAUCCCAGCUUCCAAGGCCUCUCUAUACUAUGGCUCUUUGGACCCUGAGCGCUCUGAUAAAGCCGCCUCCGGCUCUGUUAAUAUGAACCUGGAACUUAACCAUGACACCGUUGUAUUGGAGUACAUCGACGCUAUCGACAGUGUCAAGUGCACUAAUGCAUCUGUGAUCGUCACCUUCAAGAACGCGACUGGCUUCGAAACAGCCCUUCAAUCUUGGUCAUUGGAAGAGAACCUUAUCCUGAUCACAAAUCACCUAGGCAACUGUGAUACUGAGUUCGAGAGAGGGUUCUUCAAGGUCGAUGCGAUAGCUUCGAACCAGUCUAACUUGUCGAUCAGCUGCAAUGCCACUAAGCAGCCAAUUACCAAAAUUGCUGAAACCUGCGAGCUCGCUUUCUCGUCGGUGCCAGCGGGCAAACUCGGCAAGCGCCUCACACUUAAUCCUUCCUUCAGCAUUCCGUUCUCCAAGUCCCUGGCCAACAAUACUGUUCUCUUGAGCGAGCCCCCUUACCUCACUGUUACCGCCGACGAAGCUGCCUUCUCCUCCGAAAUCACCUUCUCUGGCUAUCUGUACUAUGACUUUUGGGCCUUCAAGUUGCGACAGCUCUACUUCGACAUUGAUGCCGGCUUUUCGGCGGAUGUGGCUCUCAGCGCGCACCUCGCGGCCGCAUAUAACAAGUCCUUUACGUAUAACCCCUCGGACCUCACUUAUACGCUUGUGAACAUCCCUGGUAUCGUGCAGCUUGGUCCCGGUGUAGCCUUCGGCCUGGAGAUGGAUCUCAGCGCCUCAACCGCCGUGGAUGUAGUCGCAGGCCUGUCUAUUGCCAUGCCGAACGGGAACGUGCAUGUCGACCUUUUGAACAGCGUGAAUACUGUGGCCACUGGAUGGACGCCAACGUACCAUCCACACGCAAACAUCUCUGCACAAGCCAAUGUCCAGGCGAAUGCUAGCGCCACCGUGACGGUCGAGAUGGCGCUGAGUUUCCUCGGAGGGCUUGUUGAUCUUAGCAGUGGAUUGACUGCUAAGCCGGGCAUUGCCAACACGUUUUUGCUGGACGCCAAUUUCGACACAGAGCAUCCUAAAAAUGCUACGGCAAGGGAAAUCGCCAAGGGUGCACACAGCGGAAGCACUUCAUGCGAUGAGGGGGUCAGCUUGAAAUCGGACUUUACUUUUAGCCUUGAUGCUUUUGCGACGAGGUCAUGGAGCACCACCCUGGUUAAGACGGGCAUCCCACUAUGGGAUGUCUGCUAUCAAUUUUGA